AUUCCUCACUGCUGCCCUCCCCAUAGCUUGGAGCCCUGCGCCUCCUGGCAGGAAGGGCACUGAACACUGCCACCCUGCUAAACAGCCAAGUUGUCGAACAAUUCCUACUUCUGAGUCCCUGCAGGAGACAGCAGGACCCCAGCAGCUGGGUGACACUCCAGCCACAGUGGAGGCUGUGAAGGAGGUCAGGAGCCUCUGCGACUUUCCAAGGGUUGCUAAAGGCUUUGAGGAAAGUGCCCCCCGAGAGCAGCUCAUCCUCAAAGAAAGUUCCAGAGGCGGCACUGAAUGCCAAGUGGAACAAAAAUUCACUGAAGCUACCCUUGAACUUGGCUUCUGGGUCAGGUGGAACACAGCUGACCCUACCACCCAGCUGCCUCUCAGAUUUCUCAGGGCCUGGGGAGCUCACCCUGCUGUCCAAGCUCUGUCUCUUGUAGACUCCUGCCCACACUGCGAUGAGCUCCCUGCCUGCGCCCCGGGAGCCCCUGCGCCGAGUGGCUGUGACUGGGGGCACCCACGGAAAUGAGAUGUGUGGCAUCUACCUGAUCCGGCACUGGCUGCAGGCCCCGGGGGAGCUGCAGAGAGCCAGCUUCUCAGCCAUGCCAGUUCUGGCCAACCCAGCAGCCACAGCUGCCUGUCGCCGUUACGUGGACCGCGAUCUCAACCGCACUUUCACCCUCACCCUCCUCAGUUCCACGGCCACUCCCAGUGACCCAUAUGAAGUGACAAGAGCACAAGAGCUGAACCGUCUCCUGGGCCCCAAGGGCACAGAUCAGGCUUUUGACUUUGUCCUAGACCUGCACAACACCACAGCCAACACCGGGGUCUGCCUCAUCUCUGAAGCCUCCCACAGUGCCUUCAGCUUGCACCUGUGCCACUACCUACAGCUGCAGAGCCUGGGGGUGCCCUGCCGCCUCUUGCAGUACGAGACAUCCGGGAAGGAGACCUACAGUGUGGAAUCUGUGUCCAAGGACGGCAUCUGUCUGGAGCUGGGCCCCCAGCCUCAGGGCGUACUACGGGCCGACCUAUUCUCACAGAUGAGAACUCUGGUGGCGUCCAUUCUGGACUUCAUUGAGCUCUUCAACCAAGGCAUGGCCUUUCCCGCCUUUGAGAUGGACAUCUACAGGGUCUUGGGCAGUGUGGACUUCCCACGCACGGCAGAUGGGGACCUGACCGGCACUGUGCACCCUCAGCUGCAGGACCACGACUUCGAGCCGCUGAGGCCUGGUGAACCCAUCUUCAAGCUGUUCAGUGGUGAGGACGUGCUGUAUGAGGGGAACUCCACCGUGUAUCCUGUGUUCAUUAAUGAGGCCGCCUACUACGAGAAGCACGUGGCUUUCCUGAAAUCUGAGAGGAUCCGGGUCCAGGUGCCUGCCCUGCCUGGACUGACCUCCAGCUCCACCCUGGCACCCUAACCCAAGGCAUACCUGCCUGGUCUCAGUCUCACUACCUGAACAAUGGGUCUCAAGGCACAGUUCCAAGCCCAGGGUCCCCUGUCCUACUCUGAGCACCAUGUCCCUUGCCAGACAACUGGUCCCAUAGCAUAAAAUGGAAUGUGCCUAGAA